CUCUUAUCUCAUAUAUGUUUUGAUGGGGUUUUAUUAUAAAACCCUCUUUCCAUGCUAAAAUUUAAGAUAUUUCAGAGUUUUUGGGUCUUUUUAAGGAAACAAAAGAUCAAGACAAUAUGGAAAAUUCAAGUGGUUCAAGAGUAACUUCCCUUAUAUUGAGAAUUCUAACAUUUGUUUUUCUUUUCAUCUCCUUCUUCAUUCUUAUCACCACUUCUCAAACUGUUCGACCAUAUAAGCUUCAUUUUAAUAGUUAUCAUGGUUUUAGGUAUAUGCUUGCUACAAUCAUCAUCGGACUUGUAUUUAACCUUUUGCAAAUCGCAUUCUCCCUCUUUAACAUCGUUAAGAAUGGCGAUGGUACUAUUUUAUUCGAUUUCUUUGGCGACAAGUUUUUGUCAUACCUUCUAGCAACAGGAGCAGCAGCUGGAUUUGGAGUUGGAGUUGAUUUGAAAAAAAAAGAUCCAGAUGAUUUGUUUAGAACAUUCUUUGAUAAGGCCUAUGCAGCUUCAGCUCUUCUUUUGUUUGCUUUCUUUUGUUCUGCAGCUGUCUCCAUUCUCUCUUCAUUUGCACUCUCCAAGAGAUCUUAAUUAAAUUAAUCGUUACUCUUUGGGUUCCUUUUUCAUAGUUCUGUAUGUGUGUAUCCAAAAGGAUUCCUGUCUUAGCCCUUAGGUUGAUGGGUUGAAAAUGAUGAGAUUUUUUUUUUCUUACUGAAAGGUUUGUAUUGUUUAAUAAGAAUCAGUUUACUAUUCUUUUUGUUUGAAA